CUUCAGUAUUUGUUCAGGUGCAGAAAGAAUAUCCUGACGUGAUGUUUGACCUUUGAGCUGUUGGCACAUGAUGUUGUCUGACAGAGGAGAGCAAUGAACGAGCACCUGCUGAAAAUACUGAUUGUUGGCGAUGGAAACGUUGGCAAAUCCUCCUUUGUGCAUCGCUACGUCAACGGACAAUUCAACAAGAUGUACAAGAUGACGAUGGGAGUGGAUUAUUCUGUGAAGCUGCUGCUCUGGUCGGAUAAAGAAAAAGUCAGACUGCAAAUAUGGGACAUUGCAGGCCAGGAACGUUUCAUAUCCAUGAACAGGAUCUAUUAUAAAGGCGCACUGGGCUGUGUCGUGAUGUUUGACGUCACCAGCUCGGCCAGUUUCUCGAGCUGUUGCCAUUGGAAACGGGACCUGGACAACAAAGCCAUGCUACCCAAUGGAGACUCCAUCCCCUGCAUCCUGCUGGCCAACAAGUGUGACCUCGCUCAGCGGGUUGUGUUCGCAGACAGCAUCGACAGGUUCAGUAAGGCCAACGGCUUUGUGACAUGGAUGGAGGUUUCGGUCAAAGAGAACAAGAACAUUGGGGAGGCUAUGAGGAGAUUGGUGCAGGAGAUUUUGUCGGUUCAGCCUAGUUUGGACGCGCUCCAACCUGGACCUCAAGACAGCGCUAACCUUCAACUGGACUCGGAGUGCAACACAGGAGCAGGCUGCUGCUGAAUGGCAGCCACAAGCAAACACAGUCAGGACCUGCUCAUUAUUUUAGAUCCUCUAGUUGUCUGAGACGCCACUGAGAACGUUACCCUCAAGUGAAGAAGCACAAGGAGGCUGCCAGUGGAGGCAUCCUAUGUUGAUGGAUGUACACGUAAGGAGGUGUAGAUUGGUUAUGCUGCUGAGCAGACACUUGCUGUUCAUGUGUGGGUCUGCAUGCAUCUAAAAUGGCUCAACAAGUACUCAAUCAACACAUAAAUAA